AUGUCGGAAAAGCAAAGCUCCACCCCUGCACCCCCCUACACCGAGGCCCCCGCGCCUCAGAGCCAGGCGCAACAACCCAUCCACAACGAGGCACCCCAAGCACAACCCGCUUACAGCGAGGCGCCCGAGGCCGUCUUCCCGACCCCGGUGAGCCCGGAGCCGGCUCACACCCAGCCGGGCCAGCCCAUUCCCUCCUCCCUGCAGGCCGGACAGCCCAUUCAAUCCCCCGUGAGCCCAGAGCCGGGCGCAAAGGCAUACCCCGGCCAGCCGACCCCCGAUCAGCUGUCGCCGGCUCCUACAGGCCAGGCGCAGGCCGCAUACCCAACAGAGAAGUCCUACCCGGGGCAGCCCGUAGCGCAGGCCCCGCCUCCCAACACCUACUACACGCCAUUUGGUCAGCCGACCGGGUAUGCCACUGUUGCGCCGCUGCAUGCGCUUCAAUCUGCGCCCAGCCCUGUCGAUUGCCCGGUCUGCGGUCAGCGCGAGAUGACCAGAACAGAGGCAGCCAGUGGAAUGACGACCCAUGGCUGGGCCGCCGUUCUUUGCUUCUGCUGCUGUCUCGGAUGCAUCCCGUACCUGAUGACGUCGCUCAAAGAUGUCGACCACUUCUGUGGCAAGUGCGGUGCCAAGCUAGCUAAGUGGCACAACAGUGGCCAUGUCGAUGUCUUGCAGGGUGGUCAACCCCAGGGUCGCCGACCCCAGCAGCCCCAGCAGCCCCAGCAGUCCAAGUAA